AUGGUCAAGCUCUCUGUCUUCGCCUCCAAACUCAGACGGACCCCGAUUCGAAACGGAGUCAAGUGCACGUCUUUUGGAUGUCCGGUCGAUCGCUUUGACGCCCAUGAUAAUCUCGGUGAUGAUUUCCUCGAUGCAGAGGACAGUGAAGUGGACCUUGCACCAGAUGGCAGACCAUUCGUAUAUAUAGACCUGCCUCCGUACAAGGAGAUGGAGAACGGAAGUGUGGUGGUGCAUCCCCCCGUCCGUGAGAGGGACCCGCUACAUCACGGAGAUCCCAUGGACGAACGCAACCCCAUCGACAUGGAUCUCUUCGAAGGGGACAUGGUACUCACUGAAGAGCAAAGGCGCUUGUUACGAGAGGGCCGCAUUGAUGGGAGCGGGGAACACAGGGACAGGAGCAAACGGAAAGCUGCUCGACUCGGCGGGUGUUGGUCAUACAUUGGACGCCGAUCUUCGAAUCUGGUCAAUGAUAUUUCCAUUGGAGAUGGCUGUGCUCAUUUUGGCAUAAUAUUCCACGACAUAUGCCACGCCCUCUCCUUCUUCCAUGAGCAGUCCCGCCCGGAUCGAGAUGAUCACGUGACUAUUCUUUUGGACAAUGUCCAAGAAGGGCGGCAAACCAACUUUGAUAAGUAUGGCGAGACUGUGAUUAAUACCUAUGGAAUACCAUACGAUACAACGUCUAUCAUGCAUUACUCCAGUACCGCUUUUUCUGUAGACACAGUUAAUUUCGAUCGUAGCCCAACGAUCAUUACCAAUGACCCACUGGAGAUGCCAUACUUGGGAAAUCGUGUCGCCCCAUCGUUCGGGGAUCUCAAACUACUCAAUCUUGUCUACGGAUGCCCAGCGGCGGCUGAAGCUGAUUGUGUUUUGGAUUCCUCGUUUUGUAUGAACGACGGCUACCUCUUCAACAACUGCACAUGUGUGUGUCCACCUCAAUAUACGGGAGAUCGAUGCGAAAUGAACAAUCCCGAAUUUGUUCCACGUUGCAUUAUCGAAAGAACCACAGACGACGGAGAGACGGGUACUAUCUCCUCACCGAACUACCCUUUAAGCUAUGGUCCAGAUGAACUAUGUCAGUACCUCAUCACGGGCCCAGUUGGAUCGACAAUCAGUUUGACUUUCACAAUUUUCGAGCUGCAGGCCAAAGCUUCAUUAACAAACUACGGUGAUAUUUGUUACUGGGAUUACACCAUUGUUUAUGAUACAUCUUUGACACAUGAUGGCACGAGGAUAUGUGGUUCGGAUAACAUGUUACCACUGAGCUUCAAUUCUGCUGGUAAUCAGAUGAGAGUAUUGUUUGCAUCAAACGGAGCAAACCAUUACAAAGGAUUCACGGCAAAUUAUAUCAUUAACAUUCCUACCACAACCACGCAACCCAUCACUACGACACAACCAACUACAACAACGCAACCCACCACAACCAUGCAGCCCACCACAACCACCCAACCCACCAUAACCACCCAACCCACCACAACCAUGCAGCCCACCACUACAACACAACCAACCACAACUACGCAACCCACCACAACCAUGCAGCCCACCACAACCACCCAACCCACCACAACCAUGCAGCCCACCACAACCACCCAACCCACCACAACCACGCAACCCACCACUACAACACAACCAACUACAACUACGCAACCCACCACAACUACGCAACCCACUACAACCACGCAACCCACUACUACCAUACAACUAACCACAACAACGCAACCCACCACUACCAUACGACCAACUACCGAAGUCGUUGGGACCUGCGGAGGAGACUUUGCCAAUGCAGCCGGCCGGUUUGCUUCACCAAACUAUCCGAGCGCCUAUCCCAACGACCAGAUGUGUACAUACCAGAUAACCGUGGCAGCGGGACAGCGUGUGGCGGUAACUUUGGAAGCAUUUGAUUUGGAAUGUUACUGUUACGACUGGUUAGAAAUAAACCUAGGAGAUGGGAGUCACACGCCUAUCGAAAUCUGCGGCGAUGAUGUCCCACAAGGAGAGAUCGUCUCGGUGUCCAACACUAUGACCAUUGUCUUCGAGUCCGAUUACUCCAUCACCCGAGGCGGGUUCGUCGCCAGCUACCGCACUGUCGACGUCGUUCCUGACAUGGAGUCCGUUGCUCUUGUCGAAGGCUCGCACCGACGAGCGUGCGAAGAUACGACAAACCAAGACGAAGGCUUCAUCCAAUCGCCAAACUACCCUGGAAACUAUCCCAAGCGGACCUCGUGCUCCUAUGAUAUCACUGCGCCAGAAGGCUCUCACGUGCAGCUCGACUUCGAACCCGCGUUUGAGAUCAGAUAUCAGACGGAUUUCAUUAUGGUCGACCUCGGAAAUGGAAUCACCGAAAAUCUUAAGAUUUGCGGUGAUGAGGAGCCGAUUGGUUCCUACAUAUCCUUGGGCAAUGUGAUGAGGCUACAAUUCAAGUCGCAUGGGGGCAGAGGGCUACAAGGAUUCAGGGCUAAGUUUAACACCGUGAACAUCGCCUAAGGACAAGGUCAAGGACAGGCUCAAGGUCAAUUACAAGGGCGGACUCAAGGUCAAUGACAAGGACAUGGGCAAGGUCAGGGGCGAUUUACAGGGCAAGGCAUUGGCUGUUGUUGCCAGGGUCUUCGAAUUUAAGAGUCCAUUUUCCAACGAAGGAUUUAAGCUAGAACUUGAAGUGUUAAAAUAUUUUAUUAGUAAACUUUAUUCAUAUACAUGAACAUUUUGUUUCACAAUACAUAAAUAAAACAAUAAGAAAAUCAUCAAGUAGUAUAGUUUCGCAAUGUAGAUUGUAUAUGCAGUGGUAAAUGAUAUUAUUACAAAAUAAUUAUAUGACACGUACCAGGCUAUGUUUGACAAUAAAGAUACGUAACAAAUGGAAAUGAUAAUAUAGAUAUUGAUAUUGAGUUUGUAUCUGCAGCCUGCAGUCUGCACUCAAGUAUAUCAAGUCUAUCUCUCUCUCUCUCUCUCUCUCUCUUUCUCUACCUCUAUCGAGGACUCUCUAUCCAUCUUUCUCUUCUCCCUCCUUCAGUGUUGCAUAAUAACAUCCCUAGGAUGAUUCAUCUUCUAAGGUACUGACUUGAACUAUGUUAUGCUUUCAAAUUGUUAAGAUUAAUGUCUAUUUUUAGGUAAAGUGAAAUUUUACUGUUAUUUUAUCGUGAAUCGAUAUGCAAUUCAGCUUUCGGGCCGCUAUGUAUCGUUUUUAAUAUACCAUUUUCAAUUCAAUUCAAUUUAAUUCCAGUAUCUCCUUAUUCUAUUGUCGCUUAUUGAGCUUUUAGCCCAGCUGCAUCAGCAUCAGCUUUCACUAGUUUAGUUGAAUACGGACACACAUGGUCCCAUUUCCACACCAGAGAAAUUUACUGUUGGAUAGACAUUUUAAAUGUUAAUAGUAUUUCAUGGAAUCAUUGAUGGUAGGUAGUGUACACGACUUAGGGCGCGUUCAUGCUUGA